AUGAUUCCCGCUCGCCCCCUCAUUCGAUCCAGCCUCCCCCGAGCGGCACGCUCUGUCCGCGCCCCUCGCCGGCAACAUGUUCGCUUUCAAUCGACUUCCACAAGCAGUGCCACCUCAAGCAAUACACAUCUGGCAGCUGGCAUAGCUGGUGGUGUUGUCGGCUCUGCCAUUUUCUAUGGCGUCUAUUCCUUCACUCCAGCUGGACGAACUGCCUCAAAACUCAACAAGGCCGCAAAGGAGGCUGAGAAGAAGUACGAAAUCGCUGCCAAGAAGCUUCAGGAGAAGACUCCCACCGCUGAACAGGCUGUCAACCACAUCAAGGAGUUUGCCUACUCAUACGUAGGAUGGAUCCCUGGUGGCCGCGCAUACGUCGACGCUGCUUUCAACGACUGGGACAAGGUCCGAGAGAACAACAAGGAUGAGGCCGACAAGCUCGUCAACGACGCCUACAAGCAGUUCCAGGAUCUUUCCAAGUCUGGUCUGAGUCUUGAAACCGCGUACAAGGCCUACGAUGUCCUCGCAGACCUCUCCAAGAAGGUCGCAAACCUCGCCGGCGACGCCAUCAGCGACAUCAUCGACAACCAUCCCCAAGUCAAGGAGAAGCUCGGCGGAAACGUCGACCAGCUGAAAGAGCUUGGUGAGCGGUACGGACCCGAGGCGAAGAAGCAGGUGGACGAGACCUGGAAGCAGGUCAAGGACAUCUUUGCUGGGGGUUUCAGCGCCAGCAGCAUAGACAAGGCGCGCAAGCUCAUCGAGGAAAAGGUUGAGCAGGUCAAGAAGCUGGGUGACGAGGCAUGGAAGAAGGGUCUCGAGGAGGCCAAGCCCUACCUUGACAAGAACCCCAAGGUCAAGGAGCUCCUCGAGAAGAACGCCGACGCCCUCAAGCAAGGCAACGCCAAGGAGAUUUUUGACAAGGCCAAGUCGGCCGUUGAUUCUGGUGAUCUAGGCGGUCUUGAGAAGUACGUCAAGGACGCGACUGAAAAGGUCAAGUCCAAGGGAUCUGAGCUAGCAGAUGGCUGGGUAGAUCUGGACAAGUAUAUCAAGCAGAUUCCUCAGGGCGAGGAUGUCCUGAACAAGCUGCAGCAGCUGGGCGAGGUGGCAGAAAAGCACAAGGAGGAGGGAGAAAAGCUCUUCCAGGAGACUGUCGAGGAGUUGAGACAUGUGCUCGAGAAGAAGUCUGAGAAGGCUCAGGAGAUUGCGGACAAGGCCAAGAAGGAGGCCAAGUAG